AUGUUAGAUGUAUAAAUUUUGAAAUAUUAUAAAGGCAGGAAAUUAUGGAUUCAAUAAAAAAAUAGAUAUUUGGAAAUUUCAAGGGCAGCAUGAAAUUAUAAAUUAUUUACAAUAAACUAUAAUUGAAGUUAAUUUUUUUGAUGAGAUUGGUAUUAAAUUAUUUAAGAAAACAAUUAAAUUUAUAAGAUGUAUUAAUAUAACCAAAUAACUUAGAGAAUAUAUAGAUAAUGAAAUAACGUUAAACAUCAAAUAAAUAAAGUCUUUAAGCUGGAAGGGAAACGAUGAUCUAUUAGUAUGGAAUACUAAAUGUAAAGGAUAAGAUGUAGGAAUAGGUUGAUUAAAGACUAUAAGAUUGGGAUAUGGAUAGAAUCAUUAAUUCAAUUUUCUAAGUGCACUAUUCCUCAUUUGAUUAUUUAGUCCUUGCUAAACUGAAUACAAAAAAGGAUAGAGAUUUUGAAAAUGGGAUAUUCUUUUUAAAAAAAAUACAUGAAAGAGAUUAAAAUAAUUUAAUAAUGGUCAAUAAUAUACAAAAUAGAGCAGAAUUGUAUAAUGAUCAUGGUAUGAGAGAAGGACUUAUGGAAGAAUUAUUUGAUAAUUUAUCAUGUAUAUUACUAAUAUUUAUCUUUUAGUAAUAAUUAGGUAAUUUAAGUUCAAGAAUAUAUAUAAGGAUUGA